AUGAGGGGCGGAGCUCUCUAUUUAUAUUUGAGGCCCUCAAGAUCCAACAGUCUAGAUCAAAGUACAUCAACGGCUUAUAUUGAAUCCUAUCUUAUCAAGAACUCUACCUCUAAGGAGGAUAUGGGAACAAAAUACCUAGUUCGACUGGUGGCUCGUGUUGAAGAUGAGGAAGAUGCUAGUGAUUUCGAACAAGACGAGAAUGGUGAGGAUGAUGACAACAAGGAUGAAGAUGUUGACGAUGAUGAAAGUAAUGGUGGAAAAAUUAAAACCCCAUCCAAGAGGAAGAGAUCAAACAAAGAUUAUGAGGACGAUGAUAGCGGAGAAGAUGAUGAGCGACCCUCCUAG